AUGGGAGAUUUCAGGGGUACGCUAUGCCACACGGCCGCCUGGCCGGUGGAUCUAGACGUGCGCGAUAAGCGCGUUGGCCUCAUCGGCACCGGGUUCACGGGCAAACAGGUCAUAACGGCGAUUGCGGGCCAAGUGAAGAGGCUGACCUGUUUCCAGCGGCGACGGGCCCGUCAGCGCCUCUCACCGCGCCAAGAUCAAUCGAGACUAUGA